UGGCGAAUCGUGAUUGGUUGAAUCUCAAAUCGAUUUUCAUUCCCUAUUUAGGAACACUAAGUAUAGUACGGCGUUAUUAUUUGUGCACCCUAGAUAGUGUAUUACACAGGGAAAAUGGAGGUAUUUGGGUGGCGGCCGGUUGUAUUUGAUAGUUUACAUGUCUGUCUGGUUGUUGAACGUGUUGGAGGUAUAAUUUCGUUUGACGAGCGGAUUGUUAUGAACUCAUUGAGCAGGCUAUGAGCAGGUGGAAUGGAAAACCCCGACUGUCCGGAUGCAAAUCCUUCCAUCCCAGAUGAGCGCUCCCUUAUCGAAGGUGUCAGUGACCCAGUGCUGUUUGUGGUCAUCCUGUGUGUGACGUUCCUGGCUGGUCUGGCCACACUGCUGUGCAGGAAUGAGCAGCAGAGGAUCCACCCGGAGAAUCAGGAGCACGUGCGAGCAGUUCGACAGCAGCUACAGACAGAGCAGGAAGCAGCAUCGCCGACGCCGAGGCAUCAGUUCUACUCAGACAUGUCCUGCCCAGUAUGUCUCCAGCAGGCCGUUCUCCCCGUAGAGACUAACUGUGGUCAUCUCUUCUGUGGUUCCUGUAUUAUUGCGUACUGGCGCUACGGCACGUGGCUAGGAGCCAUAAGCUGUCCCAUCUGCAGACAAAUGGUGACCCUGCUGUUCCCGCUUUUCCGUGGCACGGAGCAGAGCGCCCAGACGCAAGACGGACAGCCGGACGCGAACCUCAUCCUCAACGACGUCAACGAUUACAACCGUAGAUUCUCAGGACAGCCCAGAUCUCUCCUGGACCGUUUGCGUGACGUCCCCACUCUCCUCCGCCACGCCUUCAGGGAGAUGUUUUCGGUCGGAGGACUCUUCUGGAUGUUCCGGAUCCGGAUCCUGCUGUGCCUGGUGGGGGCGCUGACCUACCUGGUGUCUCCGCUCGACUUCAUCCCCGAGGCCCUGUUCGGUCUGCUCGGCUUCAUGGACGACCUCUUCGUCAUCCUCCUCCUCUUCAUCUACAUCUCUAUCAUGUACAGGGAGGUGGUGACGCAGAGGCUAGCCGGCUGAGCGCAACACGCAGCUGUGAUCAGUUCGAAAGGGUUUACAGUUUUAUCACCGACCGCGUGUGUGUGUGUGUGUGUGUGUGUGGGGGAGAUCAUUUUCAGCUUAAAUAACUGAAGUCAGGUGGAGCUUCUUUCUUUGUAAUAUAAAAUACAUACUGCACAUAGGAGGUUCAUUAUUUUUUUAUUUGUUUGUUUGUUUUUUCAGUAGAAAUGAUCGUGAUUGGCUGGCACGCGUGACCGAACCAAACAAAGCUAUCACUACUUUGAGGUUAAGCUAACAUUAGCUAAGCACUGCGUGAGACAUUGGCGUCACUGAAAGAUUAGCUCGGUAGAUAUCGAACAUGAAGCUACCGUUAGCUAUCUCACUAAUUCGAAUCGUUAUUACGUUUGGCUCGUGUCUUAUUUAUAUUUAUUGAAGCAAAGUGUAAUAAAAUCAAAUCGAUUCUCCAGUGCUAGAUGAUAAUUCGCCUGCCUCCGACGUUAGUUACUAUAGCUCUAACCUAAACGGAUUUCGCAACAUGCUGGUUUUAAGAUUACUGGAACAUAUUACAGACAUGUGUUUAAAGGGGCAGUUUGUAAUCUUUCGAGCCAUUUUACAGAGAUGAAAACUCCGUGGGGGGGAAAAAAAAUAAGCUGACCCCAUCCUACCUCUUAAAGAGUCGCCUUUUGAGGAAACAAAAACGGAACAGUACAGCUCUGUUGUAGCUGGGGGCGGAGCUCAUUUCAGGGCCAGAAAAAAAAAUACAGCAAAAAGUCAGAUUCAGUGUAUCGUAAUAUCACUAAACACAUGCUGGUGUAAUUCGAUGACGCGAUGAAACCUACAUAGCGGACUUUGGCAGAAAAGUAUUUCAUUUAAAAGCCUCUUCCAAAUGGUCAUGGGCUUUUUAAAUAUUUCUAAAUGUGUCAGGUUUAAGUACAAAACAUAAACGUUACAAUUUGUAAUAGCAAAUUGCGACUAAAAGGGAUUAAAAACAGCUGGGGGAGAAAAAAUGUAACGCCGCAUAGCUGUAAUUAUUUCCGUUUGUUUAUUAGCUCACUUUUCCGAAUCAGGCUACGUGAACCGAAAGCGUAACCGAACGAGGAUGUUACUGCAGCUUAAUCAAUUAAAUAUCAAAAUAUCAAAUUAAAAUAUCAUCCGAAUUAUUAGCUAUGUAUUAUUAGCUGAAGUAUUAGCUAUGGUGCGACAGUAAACUAGUUACAGUUUUGUUCAGAAUCGUUAUUUCUUUCAAGCCCUGUAGAGGGAGCUCUUCAGACGUUUUAGCCUUUUAUAGGAAGUACAGUAGGUUACAGCUGAUCACUUCAGAAUCGACCGGUUUUCAGUCCCUCCAGGUUGUCGCGAUGAACGCAAAAAUCAAGCAAACUCCGCAAUAUUUGGAGGAGCUUGCGAUUUUUUUUUAAAAAUUACCGCAGAUUUUCCACACGUUUGGGCCAAGACAUCAUCAGAACGCGCACUCGGCCGAAGCCGUCUUCGAAUCGCGUGCGUCGUACGUGAGUACAGCGAAAAGGUCUCGUUUACCAACAAACAUCACUUGCGAAAGAGCGUGAAAUGUCAAUCGCAGUUUCGUCAAUUCACCGGAAUUUUCUGCAAAAAACUUCGCAAGUCGCAGCAAAAUCGAGCGUUUUCGACCGCGACAAUCACGAAAAAACUCUGCGAAAUCUUGUACGGACUGAGUUCUACUAAAGUAUCUUUCAAACUGUAUGAUUAUUACAGAUCUCGAAAAAAGUUGAAACAAUUACAAACUACCGCUUUAAGGCGGUUUUCGACUUGUUAAGAACAACACGGAACCAGUCACGAUUAUUUCUGAAAACAUUUCAAUUAUUAAACCUCCUGUACCUGUGUGUGUGUGUGUGUGUGUGUGUGCGCGCACAUGCGCGUGUGUGUGCACUAUUUUUACUUUGAGCCUCGAUGGAUAAAACUAUGAAAAACCUAAAUGUCAUGGAUUUACAUAUUAUAUUUCAUCCAAUUUUACUUAACGUUAUGUUCAUUUUUAUUGCCUUUGCCAUGAUAUUUAGUCGUUUGUCAUUAUCACACAACAGCAGAUGAUUUCUUCCAGCGCUUUCACAACAUUUCAACAUAGAAAGUUUCCUUUAGAAAACUUCAUCACUGUUGAAAUUGUGUCAUUUUGAUAGAACUCACACUUUAUAACAACAGUGUAGCUGAGACUUUCAUUACGCAAUCAUACGCAAACACUUCAUAAGGUACUUAUAGGUUUGAAGCAUUCCUAUUUUUCACGACAUCAAGGACGAGCUGUAUAUAAUUUUACUUUUUCAUAAAUAAAGUCUUAAAUAAAUAAAUAAAGUCUUAAAUGUCAACUUAAUGUCACAAUUGACACAUUGUUUGUUGGAUUAUUCCUUUAUAACUAUGGGUGAUAAACAGAUCACGUAAUAACUAUCGAAAGGUUUACGUCCGUUUUGUCCGAAAGGGCUUAUGAAGGUUUUAUGUAGCCUUAUAAAUACUACCCUUAAACUUUUACAGCUAAACGCAUCUUGAUCAUAUUUAUGUUUGUAAAUUAAGUUAUAAUCCAAUAUUUUAUUCAUUCAUUUCCUGGUGAGCAUUUAUUUCCACGUACACAAUGGUUUUUUUUGUUUUGUUUUGUUUGUUUGUUUGUUUGUUUGUUUCUUGAGAUCAUGAUGAAGAAACUAAAAAUUCCUUUUAUCAUAGGAAAAUAAAAUGUGUAAAUCCAUGCCACUUUAGAGAUCCCGUAUGAAACACUAUAGCCGGCUCGUACUCUUUUUAUUUGUUUAUUUAAUUGUUACGUUUUUUUGACCUUUAUUGCUAUGAAAGUUCUGGAACCGAGCCAGGAUCCGAUUUCCAAGACACGAUUAAAAGGCUGUGAUCUAUUAACGCGUAGGCGGAGCGCUGCGGGUUUAAAAACUCAUCUUUCCGUUGUGGUGUGAAUCAAAAUGGAAAAUGUGCUUCCACAGAAGACGCGACUGCUUUCGAGCCGAACGCACAGGUGGGCAUUGGGGAAAACCAGAAUGGCACAGGAAGAAAAAAAAAACCAAACUAAGAAUCUUCAAGAAACAUGACCAGCUGUGAGUUUCCAUAUACGCAGAUUUUAUUUAUAGGUCUGGGUAAAAAUCCCUUCUAUUUCGGUACGUGUCGAAACCCGGCGCUUCGUUCGCACGCCGUUAAUUUGCAAUAACAUCGUCGUGGAACGUGAGAUGUUUUCUAUUGAAAGUAUUCUGGUUUUCUUCCGAUUUUUCUCGAUCCAGACGUUCUCACUGUGGGCUUCACGCUGAACCUUGAUGAUGUGCUUGACAUGUACAAUGUGCAGGAACUUUUUUAAACCCAGUGUUCAUAGGGCUACAUGACGCCUACAUAAGCCCUUCGUGACAACAUGUCUUCCAAAACGUUUAUAAAGCCUCAAUAUAUUACAUUAUAGCAGACAUCAGCUUUUGAAACAUUACGUUAUUCAGUGUAAUCAUAACUGCUUUAUGUCAAGGUGACAUAACACUUAAGUCAAGUGACAUUGAUUCAUUUUUUUUUUUAUUGUUGAUGUAUACGGUCGUGUUAUAACUGAUUCACGAUUCGCUAGAAAGCCAUGACAGUUGACUUUGUACCUCCUUAUUUCUGGUCAUAAGUAUUAUAAGAGCCAUGCUAUGACACUAAUAACAGUUAUAUGUAUUUCCGCCGGCCCCUACGUGACUUAAUGACACUAUAAUGACCGAGCUGUGUGUAUUUUCUCUGGCUUUUAAUUAAAGCUAGUUUAAUGAUACUAUUUUUAAGAUUUUAAUGAAGACUUAUAACAGUGAUGUGACAGGGUAAUGACAGAGAUAGCGCGCGUUUGGUAUACUGAGCAUAAGAGUUUAAUUAAGACUUAUAACAGCGUUAUGACACAGUAAUGACAGGCCUGUAUGUCUUUUCCGGCUCUGCAAGGUGAAUAUGAUUUCAUUAAGACAAUGUUACGACACUAAUGACAGAGCAAUGUAUAUUUAUUCCGGCCCCUACAUAAAGUGAGUAUGACAGUUUAAUAACGCGACUUAAAUGACACUGUUAUGACGCUGUAAUGACAGUGCUAUGUAUCUUUUCUCUGGCCCUUAAGUAAAGCAGUCUUAAUCCUUUUUAAGAUUUUGCUGAGGAAUAAUUUAGCUGUUUAUAUUUGCGUUCAAAUUACGACUCAUACCAUCGUUAUGACACCUUAAUGAUCCUGCUGUGAACCUUAUAUUUAUAAAAGGUUCAUGAAGGCUUAUAACAAUGUUAUGACAAAGUAAUAACAGCAUGUGUAUUUUUAACUCGCUGGCCUUACAUUUGAUCGAGUUUGGUUCAGAUGUUACGGCGCUCUCUUCGCAAGUCAGCCUGGGAAGUAUUAUAGCAGCCUUAUGUCAGCACGGCUCUAUGUCACUUAAUGCAGGUGUUCUGUCAAGUCCUUAUCUCAAAAUUAAUGAAAGCAUGCUAAGUGACAGCUAUUGGAGUAACUACAGUGUAUUGAGUUGUGUCUCUUCUUUCCAAAUGGCUUAUGUAGGUUUUAUGUCGCCCUUAUGAACACUAACCCUUAAAGGCAAAUGUGCUCAUAAUUAUUUUUGUAAAUGCUAUUUAUUUUAGGGAUUAAGGAUUACUCUUCCUGACUACUCAUUACAUUUGUUCUGCUGAUGGCUGGAGGUUAUCUCUGGAGACGGGUAAGCCUAAUGUGCAUCAGUUAAAGUAAAUGUUAUUCUACUGUAUCUUAAGCCAUACCAAAUGUCCGAGAUCCACUCGUAACCAUGCUACCGAUCCGCAGAAUUCAAGCGAAAUGUGAAAUCAUACUCUUAAUAUAGCUCAUGUCUUAUCCCGGUGUUCGAAACAAAGCGCAUGGAGCUGUGGAUCUUUUGCACAACAUGCUGUGCCUUGACUCUGAGACAUCCACAGGAUUGUGAACUUGAACAGAUAAUCACAAAUAAAGUAUCUACAACAAUAUUGUCUGGUUUCGUUUCUUACAGAGUAGUGUACAGUACAUGGUGGUGUGUGUGUGUGUGUGAUCCUCUAGAAAGCUAGGAAUGGGACGCUAUAGCUAGGACUGUUCAGAGUGUUGUUAUGGUUUCCACGUUAACGAUAAAAGCGGUCGGGUUCGUUUCCGAUUUUCCGUAUAGUUCUGAUUUGAUUUGCGUCUUGGUUUGUGAUACAGACUUCUCCUGGUAUUUAACGAACCUGUUAACGUGAACGACGGGAUUAAAAAAAAAAAGCCGAAUGUCUUCUGGAAGAGCGUGUGAUGAUUAAGACGUGCUGUUUGUCUGAAGCUGCAAUCUUAGCUAAGAGCUUCCCUUAAUCGAUAGCUUCAAAAAUACACUACAUGGCCAAAAGUAUGUGGACAUCUGACCAUGACCCCUGUAAUGUGAGUGAGACUUCAGUAGUUGCCAUUUUGCUGGUCAGAAGAUGUAGAUCUCAAGAAUAUAUUACUUCAGGACCGCACGUUAUUUAAAAGAAAAGAAAAGAAAAAAAAUCGAAGAAACAGAAGAAAUAUCUCUGUAUAAAGGAUAUGUGUUUGCUAGAAUGAGCUUAAAAUAACAAAAUGUAAAAUGAAAAUGUUGGUUUCUGACACGUGGGAAGGUGUCACAUUGAUUUCACCACAUGAUGGCAGCAAAAACUAUAUUUAUUCAGAGAAGACGUCAUUUUGCUUGCUAAGUGCUUAUGCUGCGCUCAUGAAAAGAUACUUUAAGCACACUUUUACAGUUACAGGCCUGGUUCUGUCCUA